AGAUCAACUAGUGAGUCGCUGUCCAAAGGCAAUGAAUGACAGGUUGCCCGUGCAUGGCGUUUUUGCACAGCCUCCCUCCUCCCCUCCGCCCCCUCUCCCAAACUUCCCAACAAGACCCUUCCUUUGACACUUACACAGCGGCUCGCAAGUCAGCCCUUCUUCUCCCAAGAAAGAAUCCCGCAGGUCGUGUGAUGCCAACCAACCCUUGUGAGACGAUCGACGGUCGGGGCAAAAGAAAGCAUGGGAUGAGAGGUCCCUCCGUCAGAAAGCUAAUGUCCUCAAACAAAGGACAAAGAUGAGGGGCAGCCUCCCACCACACACACACUUGAGAGGGAGAGGGGGCAAAGUAACCCCAGGGUGUCCGUGAACUGAAGCCACAUUACUCCAUCAUUUGUCUCCUCCCUUCCUAUUUCGGAUAGCAACAGAGAGAUAACAGGAGAAACCCUUACUCGGUGACCACCCGGUUGGAAAAGCUAGGUUGUAGUCGUACCUCCCUCCUCUUCCGAUCCGAUCCCAACGUUCCUUCCCUUUGAAUGGAUAUAAUAACCCUUUCCCAUCCCGCUUUCCCGAAUGACCCCUUUCACCAUCUCCGGGACCUCCCAAGUUCUAGACCUUGUUUAAAUCUUCUUCCCAAACAUCAUUCGUCCUUUUUGAUCAAACAGCAAACCUGAACCAUAUCGGUCAAACCACCUACAUAUCUCUAUUCUUUCGCUUUAUACUACAACGACGUCACACCUACAAUCACCUACGCUAAACCACAACCGCAACAAUGGCUGACUCCCGCAACCCCUCCACAGCCUCCAACACCUCCCCAACCACAACUAACUUCCCCAUCUCCCCAUCUCCCACCUCCCCAAGACGCGACCGUCGCGACAGCGACGAGUGGGACGCCUCCAAAGUCCCCCCCUCCCGCUUCCAAAAGCGCAAAGGAUCAAUCUACGCCGUCCCCGGCUCCCGCGACGGCCACGUCGACUCCAACUACGCCCACAAGUUCCACGAGCUCCACGCCGAAAAGGGCUACACUGGGUUUGGCACGCCGAAUUACAACCAAACCACAGCCACAAAGAAACAGUAGGAACUUUCUUCUUUUGUUGGGUUGGAGACGGUAAAAGGGGCGUUGGUGGGGGGCACUUCUUGGCUUUUUGGGAAUAGCAACAACAAUGCAGUGACUGAGGAGAGAACAGGGUUGGAUGAACAGUGGGAGAUGGCGCAUGGGGAUAUUCGGAUGGUGGACAGGGAGGAUGUGAGGAGGGGAAAGAUGUCUUGUUGAUGUGUUAAGGGAGGAGGUUUGAGUUUGUUAGGUGUUGAUUGGAGUUUUCGUGGGAAUUAUGAAACAUUGGGAGGGCAGAAUGAAAUGAAUACCUAGCAAUAUGAUGUUUUUUUUUCUUGAAAGAGAAGAUAAAUAUGCUGUGUUGUGUGUGUGUGCAAACUUGUGUUUUUCUCCACGAUAAGAUCCCAGAUCCUGUCGAGAAAAGAAGAAGUUGGUAGGUAGGUAAGUAAUAAAUAACACAUUUGUCAAGGUAAAAAGACAAAAAGAAAUGGUUUUGUUUGUAACUUUGCCUUGUUUUUCCUCCAUCCCCCCAAAGACAAAUAACAUGACGAGAAAAUAUUUGAGAAAAUACGAGAGUGAUGACCACAAAAGAAACAAGAAAAGAAAAAAAACGCCCAGCUUUGAUGUGUCGGCAACCCAAUGCAAUCUAAAUAACAUACAGGUUAAAAGCAAGAAGAAGAAGAAGAAAAAAAAGAAGAGGUUAUUUCAUUCCAUAUCAUCAAGCUCGAUAGCAUCCGGGUUUGCCACCUCGACCACCUUGGGAGCAACCACACUCCCCUUGAUCCCCUCGCUCGCCGCAACAAAUCCCGCCGGGGCACGAGCCUGCCGUUCCAGCUGCUCCAUCGCGUCCGUCACCUCCUGAUCAACCUCUCCUCCUCCUUCGACGUUCUUGGCCUGCUGUGCUCUCGCCAGCGCCUGCGAGGCAAUAAAGUUGACAUCGGUGUUGUACUGCGCCUGCACCGACCGCUUGAUCCGCAGCAUCUCCUUGAACGUGUCCUCAUUGCCAUGCUGCACCUCAAACUGCUCCCAUUUUUGCCAAAACCCCGGGUUUGUCCUGGGAUCGCAAAACUGGGAUCCAUGGCCGUAGAUGGCCCUUGCCCGGUCGAUUUCCCCAAGACGUUUUUCCAUGUCCGCGAAUUUGAGGCACAUGUCCUUUGCUUCGUUGUCGGGGAGGGUGGCGAUGGCGCGCUCG